GCAUUAGAACUCACAACCAAACCAAAGAUGGGGAAAAGAGGUUCCUCAAUGGCCUCUUUGGCGGUUGCCAUUUUGGCAACAUUGCUCUCUUUAACCUUCCCUUCUAAUGCUAAUGAGUAUCUCUACUCUUCCCCUCCUCCUCCGACUCCCGUUUAUCACUACAAAUCCCCGCCCCCGCCUCCUCCUCCGCACAAGAAGCCUUACCAUCCGCCUUACCACUACAAAUCUCCUCCUCCACCGCCGCCCGUGUACAAAUAUAAGUCACCUCCACCACCUCCACCGUACAAGAAACCAUAUCACCCACCUUAUCACUACAAGUCUCCGCCACCUCCUCCACCUGUUUACAAGUAUAAGUCUCCCCCUCCUCCACCACCGUACAAAAAACCGUACCACCCUCCGACACCCAUUUACAAAUAUAAGUCUCCUCCACCACCGGUUUACAAGUACAAGUCGCCUCCUCCUCCGCCACCUUAUAAGAAGCCGUACCACCCGCCUACACCAAUUUAUAAGUACAAAUCUCCACCACCACCGUACAAGAAGCCCUACCACCCACCUACACCGGUUUACAAGUACAAAUCUCCACCACCACCGGUGUACAAAUAUAAGUCACCACCUCCACCACCACCAUACAAGAAGCCAUACCACCCUCCCACACCCGUUUACAAGUACAAGUCUCCACCACCACCCGUCUAUAAAUAUAAGUCACCACCUCCACCACCACCGUACAAGAAGCCGUACCACCCUCCCACACCAAUUUACAAGUACAAAUCUCCACCACCACCCGUCUACAAAUACAAGUCACCACCUCCGCCGCCACCAUACAAAAAGCCAUACCACCCACCAACACCGAUAUACAAGUACAAAUCCCCACCACCACCGGUCUACAAAUAUAAAUCCCCACCUCCACCACCACCGUACAAGAAGCCAUACCACCCACCAACACCAAUUUACAAGUACAAGUCUCCACCACCACCUGUCUAUAAAUACAAGUCACCGCCUCCACCACCACCGUACAAGAAGCCAUACCACCCACCAACACCGAUUUACAAGUACAAGUCUCCACCACCACCCGUCUACAAAUACAAGUCCCCGCCUCCACCACCACCCUACAAGAAGCCAUAUCACCCACCAACGCCAAUUUACAAGUACAAAUCUCCACCACCACCCGUGUACAAAUACAAGUCUCCUCCACCACCACCACCGCACAAAAAGCCCUACCACCCACCAUACCACUACAAGUCUCCUCCACCACCACCACCGAUCAGACCCUAUCACCCACCUCCAACCCCAGUGAAGCCAUACCACCCACCACCCGUCUACCACUACAAAUCUCCCCCGCCACCACCACCGGUCUACAUGUACACAUCGCCCCCACCACCUCACUACUAAACACUAAUCUCAUCAAGGAAGCAAAAGGAGGCUGUCAGCAAAUAAAUGGCACGUCGAUAAGCGUUAAGAAUUGGAACAGGGAAGCGUGGAGGGUUGUUGUCGUCGUUGCUGCUACUUGAGCUUCAUAACCGUUGAAUUUGUUGUUGUUUUAGGGUUUGUCUUGUUUUUUUUCUUUUCCAUGUCAUUUUAUUAGUUGUAAUGCACUCUAUAUUAAAAAUA